CCCAUAGGGGACUUUCUAUAGAAAGAAUGUCUGUUUGAAUCACCGCAGUGGACACCAUAUACCUCACGUAUCAUUGGAUUAAAUAUUGACCCAAGUAGGAAUAUCAUGAGCAUUGCGUAAGCACUGUAUUCUCUGCAAAAUCAAGUCCGGGAUACUUAGGCUUAUUGGAGCACGCAUUACGAAUGAGCUAAGAGAAUUUCUCCCUAGCAGAGUCGGUAUUAGGUAGCAAGGGACAUUCAACCUUGUAGAGUCUGUAGGAAACAGCCGUACCGGUACUACACCAGCACAUUUAGAGUCGGAAUAUGUGAAAAUCAACAAGGCGUUAUAAUACAUGAUGUCAUUGUUCCUGCUGUGUCUCUGUUCAUUUCUUGCUGUUGGAACUUUGGCGUUUAAGCCGACCAUUGGUCAAGGAGAUGACCCCUCUAUGUACACUCACGAGAGUAUUACUCUGGAGGGAGUGGAGAGGGCGGCCGCCAAGUUUCUGACAUCUAGCGGUCAAUUAAACACAGCAAAGACUGAUCCUAAAGACAUUUUCAAAGAAUAUUUCGGAUCAGAUACAAACAGUUACAAAGAAUACCAAAAAAGAGGUAAGGAGUUCGCGGCAGCCGUAAUGAAGGUCUACAGAACAUACCAUACCAACCCGGAAUACACCGUCAACUCUGAGAGGAUAGCGGAAGCUGACAGUCUUGUCCAGGCAACGCGAUUAGAGAUAGCGUCCAUCCUAUCAUCAGGACCGUUAAAUGAUGCGAAGAUGAACAUUAUGGUGGAUAAAGUGGGGAAGUGUUUAAUGAUCAUCCAGUCCUUCUACAGUAACACGAACUGGAUAGAGAUGAUGGUGAAUGGUGGAGAGACCUACCUAAAUUUCGGAACUCUUGACGCCUUUAAUGUGAAAGUUGCCGCACCAGGUACUGUGACCUGCCGUAACUGUGACGAUACCGUGGCUAGUUCCUGUAACAACAACUUGCUGGUCCACGACCGUUUGACCAGUGGCUAUCUGUAUGGUCAACUGCACUAUCCGAAACCAACAGCCGAUCCUCUCGCUACUGAGGGUAAAUGUAGUCACGGUGGAGUGAAUGACUUCGGGAAGAACACAGCAGCAACUGGAGGGAUAAACAAGGAGACUCCGGAUUGGACCUGGUCUCCGCACGCGCAUCUACACAACAUUUCCGGACUGACGGCGGUCAGAGCGACGGAAGCGUUCUUCAUUGACGCCACGACAGGUUUUCUUAGAGGGGUUAACACGGCGAUCAUGAAGAACAUAUUCAAAUUAAAAAGAGUGACUCAUGAACUGACAAUGGGUUUUGUUAUUGACGUCACUGGAUCGAUGGCCAACGAUAUCAGGUCUGUCAAAGAAACUUUAAUCGGCAAGUUGUCAGCAGCUAUUGGAACACAGAACGAGCCGACCAAGUAUGUCCUGUCGACCUUCAGUGAUCCAGCAAACCUGACCACGGUCAACGCAACAGCCGACGGUAACGAGAUGAUACGGUGGAUAGAAAGGCUGACAGUAGAUGGGGGAGGUGACUGUCCCGAAUUUGCCCUGUCUGGAGUACGAGCUGCUAUUAAUGCAUCCGAUCCAUAUUCUAAAAUCUACAUCGCUACGGAUGCUGACGCCAAGGAUGAGAAUAUGACGGACUUGGCUAUAAAAGAAGCUACUGCGAAACAUAUCACACUGGAGUUCAUACUUACAGGCAAUUGUUCUGGAUCUAGUCGACGUCGUAGAGACGUACUGCAGCCACAAACAAGAGGUUCAGCCUUCGAGACCCUUGCUCUUAGUACUAAUGGUAGUGUUCACCUUAUAGACCACACUGACGUCACCGCUGUCCUAGAUACUAUACUUGAGAAAGAUUUCCCGUCCUCCGAAGCCAUUAUUGACUACUUUGUCCGGACAACCUCAGACAACGACACCAUGGAUAUAAUUGUGGACAGUGACGCAGCCGUCCUCGUUAUCACCAUCAAAGGACCGUACGUUUUGUCUCAGGCGUUACUGGCUCUACCUAAUGGUAAACUCUCUAUUUGUCCUACAUCUAUAUAA